AGUGUGGACGUAAUAGAAGAAGCAGAACAUGGUUACGCGUCUGUUCUACCGUUCAAUAGCGACUUUUCCCGAAAGAAAACGAAAGCUUCACCAAUUUCAAGAAAAACUCAGAACAAUAGAUCGUCACACAACGAGCUGGAGAAACACAGACGUGCCAAACUACGGCUGUACCUCGAGCAGCUGAAGGAGCUGGUUCCUUUGGGUCCGGACAGCACUAGACACACCACACUGAGCCUGCUGAAAAGGGCCAAGAUGCACAUCAAGAAGCUGGAGGAGGCGGACAGAAAGGCUCUGAACACCAAAGAGCAGCUCCAGAGAGAGCACCGCUACCUCAAACGACGUCUGGAACAGCUGGUGAUGCCUGGAGGCGUGGAACGUACCCGAACCGACAGCCUAGGUUCCACCAUCUCCACCGACUCAGAGCAAGAGGUGGACAUUGAAGGCAUGGAGUCCCCCCUGGGCGAGGGUGAGCUUGGCGAGGGCGAGGGGGACAGCGUGGACGAGAGCAUCAGUGACGACGGCCUCCUGGACGGCGAGGAGGAGGACUACAACCUGCAGAGCAGCUCCAGCGACGCCAGCUACACACAGCAUUCCUCCCACAGACUGCAGCCGCACCACUGCUAGGGGCCACCAGGGGGCCCCUGAGGGCCACACCUCCAAUCAGCCCUCUAUGACCCCAGCCCCACGUACCCUCCUAUUUCCUUCCUACCCUCCCUAACAUUGCCCCAGCACGCAACCCCCCCAGCAAACAGCGGCUGUGGUCUUCCCCUCCCCCACCCCUCCCCAAUGUCCCCAUUGGCGCUUAUUCCCUGGAACCAGGAAGUAGACUGUAGAUGUUCCUGUCGUGGCUGACUUCCUGACUUUCUCUUGUCCUAACCCCUACACCACACCCUACCUCACCCCUAUCCUAUCACCCCUUGUCCCGCUUAUCUUGCCUAACCUGACCCCCAGACCUCCCUCACCUCUACCUGUUGUUGUGGCUGCAGGCUCGGAUAUAGCAGAGCAGUUUGUGGUUUUGUUGGGGACCUCUGUGGUGUGGUGGCAGACAGCUUUGACUUGUCAAUGGGAACUCAGCGUGUGUGUUUAACUGUGUGUGUGUGUGUGUGUGUGUGUGUGUGUGUGUGUGUGUGUGUGUGUGUGUGUGUGUGUGUGUGUGUGUGUGUGUGUGUGUGUGUGUGUGUGUUUGGACAGAUGGAGAAAAAAAAUAACGUUCUAUUGGAACAUAUCUCUUGUUAAUCUACAAUCCCCAAUCAAUGUUACCAAAUGUACUGGACAUUAGGGUCAAUAUUUCUAAGGGCAGCACAUUGAUAUCUCUCCCUCUGGCUGAGUUCCUUAACCACUACUCCACACUACCGAACACGACACUAGAAGUGGGUCUGAAAUGGCACCCUAUUCCCUAUAUGGUGCAAGUGUCUGAAAUGGCACCCUAUUCCCUAAAUAUUCACACACGGUGCAUCCCCAGAAUCGAAAACUAUACUUUACUUUUCAGUAGCAUAUUGAUGUAGCAAUAAAACACGGAAAGGUACUGCUUUCUCAAGCAUUGAUUGAUUGAUGACCCUGUUUUACAACUGGGCAUUGUGGAGUGGAAGACAGUGGAUCAGCGGGAUCAGGCUAACCGUUCCUGUUAUUCACUAAUAGGUCCAUUUAUUACCCUGCUGUCAUCAGUCUACUCCUAGUUCCAACAGUUCUAGAUGUGUGUAUGUGUGUGUGUGUGUGUGUGUGUGUGUGUGUGUGUGUGUGUGUGUGUGUGUGUGUGUGUGUGUGUGUGUGUGUGUGUGUGUGUGUGUGUGUGUGUGUGUAUGCAGGCGUGCAUGCGUAAGUGUGUGUGUGCACGGUCGGUACACAUUGACAAGUCAAAGCUGUAGAAGUGCAUAAAAAUAAAAAGCCAGCUCUAAUGAUCAGCUCUCUGUAGAGGAAUAGGUAUUGCAUCAAAACUAAUCAUAACAAUGCUUUCAUUUCUCUAACUCAAAGGUAGAUUAAUGUAUUUUCUCUGCUAUAUCUGUUAGCUUUGGGGACAUUGUAAAAGACCAAUGUAAUGUAUUAGAAAUGUACAGCACUGUCUCCAAAGCCAAGCACACUAGUAUAAAAUAUUGACGGAAGAGGCAUAUCUUUGGCCUUCUGAACAUUUAACCGUUUAGGCCUGAGUUUCUCUCGUAAUCCUUAGAGCUUGGCAUUCCAACACAUCAAAAAGGGCCAGUCCACAACUUGGCAGGUCUGACCAAAAAAAUAACCAAAAAAAAUCACAAAAGACUUAGAAAAACGUUGCAAUGAAAAAAAAUAAGCUAUCAGUCACUGAAAGUGAUAGUGUAGUCUAUAUUUUCUAUUCUAUUUUCCUAAAUGUUCUCGUUUAACGAAAAGACAAAAAAGAAGAGUAUAUCGAUAUAAAUAUAUGACAGACAGACAGACAGACAGACAGAAGGCCAGGCUAGUUGAAGGUAGAGAGAGUGUAGAACAGGGAAGCUAGGAACCUGGUUGCCCCCUUCUCUAGUACUCUCCCCAAUGUCAUUCUGUGCCUUGGUGAGCCUUGGUGACUGUUGUCGUGUGCCCCCCUCCCUCCUCCUCCCUCCAUCCCUACUCAGGUCUUGACCCUGCUACACACUCCCCGAACAUCCACCCCCUUGCCCCCCAGCUCCACCCCUUUUUGGAGUAGAUGAACACUUUGUUUUAACCCCUUCCACCCCAAGCCAAAUGGUAAAUCUGACUCCUCCUUGAGUGAAGAAGGGGCACGUGAAGAACUGAUUUUAGCCCCUUUUGCCUCCAUCGAGUACUCCUCAAGGUGUACCCCUGGUGCGGUUGCCAGGUACGCCCUACCCACUUGACGCCUGCCUGCCUGCCCUGCCACGCAGCUUAAAGUCAACACUGACCAUACUGGUAACUCCCGAUGGCAGCUUCCAUUCACUCGCACCUGGCUGGUCAUUAUUGGGGUUCAAUCAGUCAACCUAAUUAGGGGUUUAAACUGCUUAUUUUGUUGUUGUGGCAGCCAUUUUGUUUUGGCUCUGUUUAUGAAAUGCACUUGUCUUUGAACAGGAAACCAUUGGGCGAGGAGAAGGGAGGAGAAAUCCAAUCAAUGAAGGCAGCUCGUGGUGUUCUCCCUCCCUCCCUCCUCCCGGUGGCACCUUCCCUACUCUACUCUACUACCAUAGUUUUACCGUGACCCUGGUGGUCAUGGGGCGUCUCGAGACACAGCAAUAUGACCAUCUUGUGCUUUUUAAAGAAGAAGUAGGCGGUUGGUUGGUAGGCAGGCUUGGGUUUUAAAGAAGAAAAAGCCAGAUUCGUGCUUCGACUCUGUGGUUCAUUUUGUGACCAACAAUGUUAACAUUUCUGUUGAUGGAUUUUACCUCUGAACUCUCUCCAUACACUGAAGGAGGGCGAAAAGAAACUAACCGAGAAAGAUAAAGUUCUUGAGUUUACAUUCAUGUCAACGACCUAUGUACAUGACUGUUAGGAGCACAGAUGUACUACUCUUUCAGUUUGCGUUUGAAAUGAACAACUGAGUAAAACUUGUCAAAUGAAAACAAAAUAUUCUCUUGCACAGAACCUCCCAUCAGCUAAUGUGAGGCAAUGAUUAAGUAAGCGGAACACACGUGGGCCAGAUAUGAGAUUUCUCAUUUUCAGCGACAUCAUUUUCUAAUGCACAUAGCGCACGUUCAGAAAGACUGAGUGGUUGGAGGGCAGGUGUAUUAGCAGGGGAGGAUACUGAUUCAGAUACUGUUACAGAUACUGAAUGUAGGAGCAAAAGAAGUUGAAAAGACGUUAAGCAGACGUCUUUUUGGUUGAAAAGACGCCAUCUCUUCAACGUCUCGUGCUCACUAGGUUUCAGGGAAUGAGACUGCUGGAUAGUGGUUAUGGAAUUUAUUUCAAUGAUGUGCCUUGAAAAUAACUUUGUUUUCUUUUAACCAGAGAGAUUGUACUUACAGUGUGACAGAGAUUGUUGAGCAAAUCACUUGGCGAUAGGCAUUGAACACUAAAUGUGUUGAUUUGUGAAUGGGUUUGGAAACACCUGGAAAAAGUCUCGAUUGAAAGAUGUGUGCACGACUCUCAACCCUGUCACAAUGCAAAAACGACAUUAUUGUAAAAUUAAUCAAUGGUGCUGUCCAACAAACUUCCUUUAAACGUCAGAGCGGAGCAGAACUGAAAUCUCGAUAGCUAUGAGAGAGAGGGGGGGUGGGGGUUGACUUUUGUCGAAGCCGAGAGGUGGUUGAUCCCUGCUUUAAAAAUCAUCUGGUCUGAAAUGUAUCCAAGUGUGUUUGAUUUUUCUUUUCAAAGCACAAAAGCACAGCGAAAUGAUGAUUGAGUCUGUCUGCCAGGCUAUUGCUGCCAAGGGAGUCAGCGGGAGGGGAGGGAGGGAGGGAGGGAGAUUGGGGUGAAAUAAGGUUGAGGUUCAGACCAAACAAGCGAAGCCUGUAUAGAGGCAAGGGAAAAGUCAACACAUGGACAUACACUCAAACCUGGGUUCAAAUAGUAUUGUGAAAUCUCUGAAAACACUUUAGCUGUGUUUGAUUGUGGCUGUCUGCCUGUUUUUAAUGGAAUGGGCCCAAAAGAGCAAAUCCCACCCAUCUGGCUGGCAGGCAGAUUUAACAAGCAAAGUAUUUGAAAUCUUCCUAUUUGAGCUCAGGUCUGACAGUUACUUUCAGAGACAAAUAGAACCCAUUCCUGUCCUCUGUAAGUGCAGCGCUAUGAACAAACAAUCGAAUAAUGCCGGAAUGAAAACCCGAUUCCUGCCAAAUAACUAGUCACUAUGAUUUUCUUUCCACCCCCUUGCAGACAGUCAUCAGCCACCUAUGGAAUCCCAUCUUAAAUUAGCUUUAAUAGCAACAUGAAAUGUAGAUUUUGGUCCAAGUGUAUCAUUGUCCCUCUUUUUAAUCCCUCACUAACCCUUUACUGUCUUUUCGGUUUCUUUCUGUGUGACAUUGCUAGAGCACCGUCUGAAGAUAGGAAUGAUUUUUUUCCUCCUUUAUGUUAAGAGUUCUGCGAUCGUUCUCUUGUUGUCGUCUUGUUGUCGAGUUGGCAUGAGAGAACUCUUAGUCCCGAGGGUGUUGUGUGUCUCGUUGAUAGGCAGUUUAGGGGCUCCGGAACUUUGGCCAGAGGGGGGCUGGUUGAGAUUAGGUUCAGAGGGAGGGAGGGAGAGGAUGAAGGGGGCUGAGGGAGCUUGGCAUCGUAGUCAGGCAAAACACUGAGUAGGGAGAGUUCUGUGCCAGAGACCUGUGAAUAUGUUCCUUUAAUAGCAGAUGUUGUAAUAUGCUUUCAAAAGAUGUGCUAUAUUAUAUAAGUUCCUAUGUAUGGAUACAUGAGUUUACCUGGUGCUGGAUAACAUUUUGGCACACACUUGAAGGUAUUACUGUGUAUUCUUUAAUUGUAAUAUAAUUAAAAAAAUGUUUUUUACA